CUUAUGCUGUGCUUGCAGUCUAAUACUGCUGUAAGACUGAUCAUUGCUUCGCUGCAAGAACAUCUGGGUGCCCCCCUGGAGGACUGGAAAAGCCGGCAUUUAUUUUACAGGCAUGGAAGAAGAUAGAAAAUCCUCUCAACAGUAUGGAGCGCUGGAUAAAACUGAGUUGCACAGAGCGACAGAGAAAGCAACAGAAGAUGUAAUCUCAAUGGCCGACUCUACAGUCACGAUUGAGGAGAUUGAUGGCGAGCUGUUCAAGAUUGACCGGAUACGGGACAUCCUCAUACGGCGAGAAUCAGAGCUAAGAUACAUGAUGGAUGACAUUCAGCUCUGUAAAGAAAUUACACGGUUGAAACAGGAGCUGCAGAAACUCAUCACAAUUCCAGACGAAGACAAGUCCAAAGAGGACAGAGCGCGGGAGGAGGAGCUGCUGAAGCAGAUCACCCAGCUGGUGGAGACCAGAGACUUCCUGGUGGACGACGUGGAGUUUGAGCGGCUCAGGGAAAGAAAGGAAGACACGGAGAUGCCAGCCUUCUUACAGUCAAAAUUUUCCAGUGGUUUGGCUGAAAAAGGUGCUCUGCAAGAUCGUAAGGUUGCAUCCAAAUCCCAGCAGACAUCUAAUCCGUUUGUCUCUAAAACUGGACUGACGCUGCUGAAAGACUGCUGCGGCUUCUCCUGCUCUAUCCUUUAA